AUGGGUUUUGAAGAAUUUGCUCUAUUUUAUCGACAAACUUUAAAUUUUACUGAACAAGACUUUUUCAAUUUACUUUCUAUUUUAGAAAAACCUCUACCUUCGAGUUUAAGAAUAACUGAUACACCUUUUAAACAUUUAAUCGAAAAAAGAUUAAGUAAAAUGAGAAAAUCGCAGUUUUUUACUAAUGUCUACGAAGCACCUAGACACAGAAUUCCUAAUAAAAAGUUUAUUAUCAACCAGACAAAAGCAGGGCACAUACAGAGGCAAGAAGUUGUUUCUAUGUUACCUGUUUUAUUAAUGGGAAUGGAACCGUCUUUUAGCGUUCUUGAUAUGUGUGCCGCUCCUGGAUCCAAAACAAAACAGCUGUUAGAGAUUAUUAAUGAUAAAGGAUUGGUAGUAUGUAAUGAAGUAAAGUUUAAAAGGAUGCGAAUUCUUGUUUCUGAAACGUGCAAAAUACCACGGCGGGGGUUUAUGGUUCUAAGGCAUGAUGCAUCUACGCUUCCUGUAUUUAAAAAAGAUUUUGACCGUGUUUUGUGUGAUGUACCAUGUUCGGGUGACGGUACAACAAGAAAAAAUUAUGGUGUAGUUCCUAAUUGGUGUAUAAAUAAUGCGCUAUCUCUAUGUGAAUUACAAUUUAGUAUAUUAAAGAAUGCAAUUAAUUUUGUUAAAGAUGAUGGUCUUAUAGUUUACAGUACCUGCUCGUUAAAUCCAAUUGAGAAUGAGUGUAUUAUUCAAAAAGCUGUUUUAGAAUUGGAUUUAGAGAUCGUAGAUUUAAGAAAUAAUAUAAAUGAAAAAUUUUUAUCUAAAAAGUUUAAAUUUAGAGAAGGAUUAACAAAAUGGAAUAUAAAUAUUAAAAAUUAUAAUGGAAUUAAUUUUGAGCCUGUUAAUGAUAAUAUAGGAUUGUCUAAGUGUAUAAGGGUACUCCCACAUGAUCAAAAUACAGGAGGAUUUUUUAUUACUGGAUUAAAAAAAAAGAUUAAAAGUUUAAGUGUAUUGGAUGGUAAAAAUGUAAGUGAAAGUAUAAAUAUAUAUUUAUCGGAAAUUAAUAAUUAUAUAACAGAAAAUACUAAUAAUCUAUUAGAAAAUACUAAUAAUCUAUUGAAAAAUGAUAUGGAAGCAAUAAAAAACAAUAUAAAUUCAAUAGAAAAUGAUAUAAUAAAUGUAGCAGGAAAUAAUAUUAAAAUUAAUGAAAUAGAUAUUCAAUUUAAUGAAUUAGAAGAAUGCAUUUCAGAUCUUAAAUUUAAUAAAAUUGAUACAAUAAAAAAUAAAAAAGCACGGGGAUUUUCUAUAAUUAGUGAUGAACUAAGAGAAGCACUGUCUAAAGAAUAUAACAUUAAAGAUAAAAUUCUUGUACAAAAAAAAGAAGGAAGUAUGUUUAUAUAUGAAGUAAGUCAAGAAGUACUAGAAAUAAUGAAUAAUAAAAAUCUAACAAUUGACUUUUACGGGUAUAAAUUAUUCGAAAAAAAUAAUUUAAAUGAAUCAGGUUACAUGUUAAAGGCAGUACCAAAAGAAAGCAGUCCUGAUUUUGAGAUUUCGCAAAAACAACUAGCAGAUAUUUUAUAUAAUGGUGAGUUACAAUAUGAAUACAAAAAAGGAUCAAUCAUUGUACUAUUGAAAGAUUUUAAUAUUAUGGUUAGUGGACAUUCAAAUGGUGAUCAUAUCACUUUAAAUAUAAAUUAUAAAUUACAAAGAGCACUAAAAGAUUAUAUUAAAUAA